UAAGAGUGAGUCUGUAUAAAACUGUAACAGAGCGCUGGGAGCAGUCAGGCAGCGAGUCCAUCAUCCAGUACGUCUGGCUCCAGACGCCGGCAAGCAGCACAGUCACAGAGGACAAAGAGAAACUUCAGCCCUUAAGCACAGGGGAGAAUGAAUGCAAUCAGGGGAAUGCGGUCAUGUAUUCUGGUAUCGUUAGCUCUACUUUUAGUAGAUCAUGUGUUUUCUUCAGAUAACAUCCAAACCACUGUUAUCCCUCCAGCUUCUGCAGAAAAUUCAAUUAGCCCAUCUAGUGCGCUAGUCAUCACAACCCUGAAGGAAAAAAGUCCAGCAUCUACCACAGAAACAACAACAGUUCCGGCUAAAUCAGAAAGCAUGGUUAGCAAAACUGGGUCCACAGAAAUGCAUGAAAAAACAGCCAGCUCAUCAGUUACUACAAUGGGAACAGAAGAACAUACCACAAGUUUAUCCAAUAAAGUCACCACUGGAAUGACCACAAUCGUCAUGACCAGCACACCCACUGAGUCAUCAACCGUUAGCACAAGUGAAACGAUAAUGACAAGUGAAUUAACAACCAGCACUGAACAAAGUACACUGGAAGAAGAGGACUUCAUUACGUGCACAGAAGAUGCCAUGCCCUUGAAGGAUGCUGUGAUGCUAAAGUUAAAGAGUGCUUCAAACUGUAAAACCAUAAAAAACCUCCUGGCUGAAGCUACAGAUAUUAAAUCCAGACUUUGUCAAAGUGAAAAAACUGAGGACUGUUCAAUGACCAUUUAUGUGAAAUCCAAGGAUGUGAUCAUCAGCCCCAACGCUGAAGGAGACAUUAAAGCCAUGACUGCAUUAUUUCAGGAGAACGAAGUAAAAGAAACGAUGAAGAUUGAGAAUGCAGCACUUCGCUGGGGAAAGAGGCCUCCCAACGUGCUUAUCCCCUUGAUCAUGGCUGGCCUUUUAUUGGCAGUCCUUCUCAUUGCUGGCUACUGCUUCAAGAACCGACGACAGUGGAGUCCUAAAGGCGAGAGGCUGGUUUUCCACCCCGAUGAUCCAGAUCAAAUGGAAGAAGGUCAGGUGAGCACCUUGGCCUCCACUGCCCAGCUGACUCCUCAGGAGAAGCCUGAAGUGAAAAGCAAUUUACCAGAGAGUGACAAGAGCCAGCCCCCUGCUGCCAGCAACGGCCACUCGGCCAAACAGGCCCCGGUGGCAGAUACCGAGUUGUAAAGCUGGGUGGAAGUUAGGGUGGGGCAGAAUGGAAGCAUGUGACAUCAGAGGAUGAUCACUGGUCAGCUCAUCCUUGCCACCACUUGCAUGCACCCGAGCCACAAGGAUCGCCUGCGUUAGCCCUCAUUCUUCCAUUUAAUCAUGCCGGGAAGAGGAAUGGCUAACUUUGAGAGGACAGACUUUAUUGCUAAGACCCAACUGUUGAACUUCUAAUUGUCCAAUGACCAAGAAACCAACAAUAAUAGUCAAAAUUAUGAAUUUUCUAGAUGGAAAAGAGUAAGAAAAGGAAAAAAAAAAAACUCAAAACCCCUGACUUUGUACCACCACGACAUAUGCUGAAACAAAUAUACAUCUGGCUAAUAAGAAAGUCCAUCCCUUUUUCCCAAUUAAUGGUGCAAGGAAUUGUUUCACCUGAUUUAUAGAUGGCCUGUCUGAUUUUAAAUGAAUAAUCUAGCCAACUGAAUAAGUAGGAAACCCGACCUCCCUGACACCUCAAUGUACCCCUCUGCUGUUUUAACAUCCUCAUUUACUGUAGGCUUUACCCGCUUUGUGUCUACACAUUGUUCCUGCCAUAAAAACAUCACUGGCACUCUGGCACACUGUUCCAUGUUAGUAAUGCUACUUGAGCAUCAAACGUCCCCAAUAUCUAGGGUUAGGUUUGGGGGAGUUGCCGCUCAUUUCAGUCUGGCUGUAUUUCAUGUAAUGGGGGCAGUGAGUUCAUAUACUUCAAGCUCAUACUUAUCGCAAGAUUAAGGCUGGUAACUGGCACAAUGAAGCAAGCUGUUGUUAAUAAUUGUAUCUCCUUGGGCAUAAUGGACACCAGGACAUUACUUUUGCUCUUGCUCAUUCUCCACAUUAACAGGGAUAGAGUAAGACAUAAUUACAGUAAUAACAACUCACUUCUCAUAAUUAUAUUAAACUGGGGAAGGAACUGGCAAAAUAGUAGACUCCAAGCCCAUGACUCAAUUGCAUGGCUGGUGAAUCCAGAUCUCACAACAAACAACUUGUAUGGAAGCAAGUGCAGGAGUCCAUUUCACUGGAGAUGCCAAGGAUACAAUAGGUGUCACCAUGUGUCCACCAGACACUCAGAUGUUUAGAGCAAGGAGACCUCAUUUUCCAGUUCACAUUUCAUUUUAUUAGGGCUAUAAAUGUCAGAACAGUACAUAUCAUGCCAACCUACUACUUGCAUGAAAGCAAGCGUAGGAACACAUUUUCAGGUCUAUUUCACUGGAGAUGGAACAAUAGAUGUUGCCAUAUGUCCACCAGACACUCAGAUGGUUUGAGGUAGGAGUUCUCAUUUUUCAUUUCACUUUUCAUUUUAUUAGGGAUGAAAGUUACAGAACAGGAUAUGUUGUGUCCACCAGUAUCUACUAUGACGUGCCUUGCUUUUCCAAUUCAUUAUCCACUUCACCAUGGACUGAAGUGCAAAGUUCCCAGGUCAUUUGUGUAAAAGGGCAGUGAGAUCUUGCUUUUCCAAGUUAUCCUCCUUCAAUGGGAAUGAAGAAAGCAGAACAGGGUACACCGUGUCCAUCCAAUAUUGAUAAAAUUGUUGAUGUUGGAACUAAUUUUCUCAUUUUUCUGCUACAGUCUUCAGAGGGUUAUGGGCAUUACAAAGAGUGUGGCAGGAGGCAAAAUGAAAAUCCUAACUUUGGCCCAGAGAGCUAUAGAGAGUCAUCUAUAUUGUGCUACAUCUGUAUAUCUAAUCCCAGUCUUUAGAUGUAAAAACAAAAUUUGUGAUGUGCAUUUAAUGAAUACGCUAGCAGUAAACCACAAGAAGAGGACAGCUGGGAAAAUAUGGUGGCCCGAAAACAACAUACUGUACUUUCAAUUUUUGUAAUAUCGAACAUUCCAAAAAUCAGGUUUGAUCUCUUUUCUUGCUAUCAAAAAGUUGAUCUUUAGUCAUUAAUAGUGAAGGUCUGCGGCAAUUUAGUUUUGUGUAAAUAUUGUUUUUCUGACAUGUUGUUUGUGUACAAGCUGUUGAAUACUAGUUUCCCCCUCACAGAGGCUCUGCCUGACUGUUUCUAACUGUUAGACGUGAUGCCUACUCCAGUCUCAGUGAUAUUUCACCCUGAAGCCCAGAUAAUGUUAUCCUCCUCAAGACUGCCCGAAGACUUUCUCUAAGAACAGCUGAAACAGUGAAUGCUAUCCAGGAAACAAAAUUUAUGAGCUGCGCAUUUUUCUUUUCUUCUCAUGAGGAUGCCCAUAUCCCCAAAAAUUUCAUAGUGGGUAAUAUGAUUCCUCAGAGAACAGUUGUGCAUACAUGCCAGUGUGAGCACAUGCUAGGCGCCACCUUUUUUUAACAGGGCUUUUCCAGAGGGUGACAGCUGAAGUCUGGGAUGCAUAGCACUGAUGUUCUGGCCUUCUCUAUGCGCCAUGACAGAUCUACCUAGCGUCCAGCCCCCUAACUACUUUAGUGUGACUGACAAAGGGGAAAGUGCCCUGCACCAGGAUUUGAAGGGAUCUCAUUUUGUAUUUAAAAGUUUAAUAUGUACCACAAAAGACCCAUCAAAUAAAAAAAAGAAAAAACUGA